AUGGCGUCUCGCAGGCCGGACGAUAAAAUCUCUCGAGUCGGAAACGUCACUAUUCUCAGUUGGAAUCCAAGCCCAGAAGAAGUCGAUCUCCUCACUCCCGCCGAAGGUCCCUCUGCAACCACAAACCCUGCUUUCGGCCCUCCUGAUCCCACGAAUUUUCCUCGGCCGCUACCAUCACUGCCUUCGAGUUCCAACGAUCUCAUACAAGAGGUUCCCCAGGAAGCUCCCAUCCCUGUUCCAUCGAGGGUAUUCUCUCCUCCACUUCCACGAUCAACCAUUGUAGGGCCAGAAUCACAGCCACCAACACCCCCUCCCCAGUCAUCCGUUCAGUUUGCCCAGCAACAAGCGGCCAACUCACGGCCACCCGUUAUAGGCGCGCAAUGCGAUUUAUACAUUCAAUGUGUUUCUCUAUGCCUCUUGAUUUCAUCCAUCCUUUACGUCGCCCUCGGCGGCGUCGGUGUCCUCUUGGGAUCCUUGCCCCGGAAUCAAGGAUCGGCUAAAACCUGUUUCGUUAUCGCCCUCAUCGCCUGCUUUGCAUCGGUCUUCCUCAGCGCGUCAACUCUCAUUCUCGCCAUUCGAAGCAGAUUCCCUGCAUCUGGGACAACCAUGAACAGGCCUCCGAGACGACGUCUUGCCUUCAGGACUCAUCGAGCAAGGCUACAUUCGACUUCGAGCAUGCAGCCCAUAUUGCACUCUGAUCCCGACGAUGGACAUAGGUCAAGUUGGGAUGCAGAGGCACUUGUCUCAACCAAUCCCCGCACCCUCGAAGCCUCCACCAUUGGAGAGAAGUCAUCGCCUACCACGCCUCCGAUGCCCACCAGCCUCCCCCCACGCCGGUACUCGCCUUCGAGAUCCACCAUGCGACGGCUUUUGUUCUUUAACGCGGCUCUGGCCCUCGUGUGGUGUAUCCUUGCGCCAUGGCUAUCCAUUGUCGAAGGCAAUCUACGACACGAAGAUUGGGUUCGGCCUAAAAGUUGGAUUGUCAACUCCAACCUUCGUGUGGUAUUCGCCUACACCUGCUUCGCUCUCUGUGCCCUUUCGGGGCUCCUACGUCUUGUACAGAGUAGGAAGGAGUGGCAAAGGAGGAGAGAGGACGGGAAUGAUAUGGAGGCGUUGGGAAAUGGGGCGUGGAAGCGACAUUCCAUUCAGUUUGACAUGCGUACCCUCGCUGGGCCCUAUCGCACGUUCCUUCAGACCAUAGCAUUUUCUCCUUCCGGAUCCUAA